GCUUUCGAAAAAUGGCAGAAGAGUUCCUCGCCUUGUAGAAUUUUUAACUCAAGACACUCAAGAGAUUAAAAUUCAGACAAUUUUAUUUAUACACAAAAAAAAUAUAUAUACAAAAACAAUAUAACAAUAUAUAAUAUAUAAUAGUAAUAAUAACAAUAAUAAUCUACAAUAUAUAACAUACAAAAAACUGCAUUUUUUUCCUUUAGUGACUUUCUUGACAACGUAUUUAUUUAUUUAAUAUUUAUUAAUAUACAGUUUUUUACAAAUAUAUUAUGCAGAGGAAACAAUUUUUUCAUUAGAGGGACGUUUCAUUUUCUGUUUAUAGUUUGAAGGAAUCAUUUUUUCGAUGGAUAUAGACACUGUGUAUAAAAGUUUUGCGAAAGUCCAAAAAAGCUUAUAUCGAGACAUAACCAAUUAUCUUCAAAACAAAGAUGAAUCACUUGUUAUGAAAAAAUUACAAAUAUGUCCACAAAUUGUUCUCUACCAAGAUCCAUGUACAAAGGAAACAUUACUUCAUCAUGUCGCACGUUUUGGCACUCCUGCCAUUGCAAAACAUAUACUUUAUCUUUUUGCCAAUAUUAAUGCUCCAGAUAUUGUACAAAGAACACCACUUUAUCGUGCCGUUGAAUGCAAUACCGAAAUGGUGGAAUUUUUACUCAACAAUAGAGCCCGAAUUAAUGUUGUAUCACAAGGAAAGACAUUACUUCAACACGCCCUACAAUAUGGUUCAAUAGAUACCGUUUGUUUAAUUUUAAAUAAAAUGUUCAUCCAAUUUCAGAUAGACGGCAAUCUCAAACUUAUCGAUAAUGGAGAAAAAUGUUGGAAAAUUGUUGAAUUUCUCUUGAGUAAAGAAAUUGAAUGUUCGGCGAUAAAAUUUUCGAUUUUAUUAUUAUUUUUGCUACGGAAUGGAAGUGAGGAGAUAUUUCAGGAGACAUUGAGAAAUUGUGUUUUUAAUUUAGACGCGCAAUGUUCCUUUGGACACACACUACUCCACUGGGCUAUUCAACUAGACAAAUAUCAGCAUGUAAAGUGUCUAUUGGAUAUGGGAGCGGAUAUUAAUGCCGAAGGAUCGUGUGGAGUUAGUGCUUUGCAUCAUGCAGUGAGAAAGAAGAAUCCAAGUCUUGUCUCCUAUCUUCUGAGUCGUGGUGCAAAUGUUAAUAAAACAACUCGUGACGAUAAAUAUUCACCACUUCAUUAUGCACUGGUUGUGGACAAUGACGAAAUAAUUGAGACUCUCUUGCACGCCGGUGCUGAUAUUAAUGCAAAAUUCGGCUCACCUUUGGAGAAUUCAUCGGUUCUGAACUUGGUUUGCGGUUGUAGUUCAUUGAGGCAAAGAUUAUCGUUCUCAAUGAGUAAUUCAAUUGACGUGAAUUCUUUGUUCUCGGGAAGGAAUCUUGUUUUUAAUAAAGAGAGAAUUAAAUUUUUGAUUGAAAUGGGAGCUGAUAUUGAGGUCAGUGAGGAGAGUUAUAAUGGAAAUGAAUUGACGCCUUUGCAACGUGCUUGCGAAGCAGGACGAAUGGAUAUUGUUGAACUUUUAGUUUCUUAUGGAGCUGAUGUUCAAAGUAGAAAUAACGAUGGUAUGACGAUGAUUCAUCAUGCGGUGAUUGGAAUGAAUUUGGAUGUUGUUGAAUUUCUAUUGCAACGAGGUUUGGAUAUUAAUGCUCUGGAUCACUUUAAUCGUACUCCACUUUACUAUCUUGUGAAAUUACAUUCUAAUGAUGUCAUACCGAUGAUUGAAUUUUUAGUUGACAAUGGAGCUGAUGUGAAUGUUUAUAAUAAGAAAGAAUUCAGUCCAACAGCGGGUGCAGGCCCCCUUCACGUUGCCGUUAAACAAGAACAAUUGAACGUCAUCGAAUGCUUAUUACACUUUCAGGCUGACGUUACGGCUCUAAAUAAACAUCGAGAACGACCACUCGAGUCAAGUUAUUCCUAUACAGAUUUUAUAACAAGAAGAUCCGAGAUUUUAUUAGCAUUCAUGGCAUUAAAUAACAUUGAAGUUAGUAUCGAUGACGAGAAGAAUGAUAUGAAUAAUGAUAAUGAUGAUGAUGAUGACAACGAUCUUGAUGCAGAUCUGAACGAAGAGUCUCCAGCAACUUCAUGCAAUCGAAAUAUGUCAGUUUUCUUCUAUCGUAAAUGUCAAUUGGAAAUUGAUAAAAUGAAGCAAAAGAAAAUUUGCAACGAAAGAAAUAUAACUUUCUAUGAAUUUCUCGUGAAUGAUCUAAUGAAGGUGACAAUUUCUGCAAGAUACGAACAAAUUCUUGAGAUUCUUGACUUAAACAAAUAUCAACUUGAAUUUCCGUGUUAUUUCUUUUUAUUGAAGAAGCGAGUGGAAAGGGUUAGGAAUAUGCUUCAAAUACAAGACUCAGUGAUAUGUUUACUUGAAAACUAUUCGAAAAUUGAAUUGCCGAUAAUUAUUAUUGAUAAGAUAUUUGAAAAUCUAAGUGCUAGGGAUUUUAGAAAUUUAGGUCGAGUUCUGUUACGGUGAACAUAUUUUUGUGUAUUAUAAUAAUUUAUAAAAAAAAAUUGCUUUUAAAAAUACUUGUAACAAAAGUGGAGUAAAUUUAUUUAUUACUUAA